AUGACGCGCAAGCUGAUUGGCAUGAAUUGUAUCUAUCACCAGAAUGUGCGCUAUAUGGGCCGAGGUCCUACAAUACAAGGCAAGAAAAAUGCGACCGAUGCGAAACGCACGGCUACUAAUGCUUCAUUAGCACGGGAAUUGAUGGUUGUUUCCAAGUCGGUGGGAGGAGAUGUUCAUAAUGUGAGACUUGUAGCAGUCGUGAAAAAAGCCAAGGCAGUGAACAUGUCAAAAGAUACGAUUGAGGCUGCGAUUAAACGUGGUAUCGAGGGCAAAGACGGUAGCGACGCUGAGACUGUGUUGUACGAGGCGACAGGUCCAGCUGGAAGCGCUUUGAUGAUUGAAACAUUGACGGACAACAAGCGCAGAACAGCACCUGCAUUGCGCCACAUCUUGGGCAAGUACAGUGGUGCUCUGGGCACGAAUGGCUCAGUCGCCUGGAUGUUCGACUACAAAGGUUACCUUGAGAUUGAAUUGCCUUUGGAGAACGGCGGCAAACCAAAGGUUGACGAGGACUUGCUCAUAUCGAUUGCGCUGGACGCGGGGGCGGACAAUAUCGAGAUGCGUGAGGGCUUGGCGCAGGUCAUGUGUGAUCCAAGUGGCUUAGCUCCUGUGCGCAAAUUCUUUACAGAGGCCGGACUGGAGCCCGCUGUUUCCGAGCUCGUCUACGCCCCAAAGGAAUAUUUAGAUCUCGAUAAUGAGCAGCGGGAGACCUUCGACAAGCUCAUUGACGCUCUUUAUCAAGUCGAGGACGUAAACCAGAUUCACCACAAUGUAAACGAAUAA